UUUUGUUGACAAUACAAAACGACAUCGAACUCUCCAACCAAACCGGAAGCCAUACUUCUUCUCCUCCACAAUAUUUAUUUCGGCUUCGAGUGCCUCGCCGGCGGUAAUGGAGUCCUCUUCGGCAGGCAACAAGAAGAUGCAUCUGCACACGCAUGGGAGCUCAAGAGCUCGCACAACAGGUGCCCGCCUCGACCACAACGUCCUCUGCAUCAUCUUCUCCUUCCUUGACCUGUUCGACCUCGCCCACUGCUCCGUAGUCUGCAAAUCUUGGCAUGUGGUUAUCAAUAGGUCUAAGCUGCUUCAAGUUUUUUACUUAAAGCAGCAACAAUUGGAUGGGUCUACGAGUUUGGAGAAACCUUUGAAUGUGUAUUUGGAGGAGCUGGCUAUGGAGCGCCAUAGAUUGGCCUUGGCUAGAGGAUCGGUUGUUGUUAAUCAGUGGAGAGGCCAUUCUGUUGGGGUGAAUCGAUGUCGAAUGAAGAGGGGAUUGCUUAUUACUGGUGGAGGUGAUAAGGUUAUGCGUCUGUGGUCGUUAGAAAACUAUAAAUGUUUGGAAGAAUAUUCAACACCAGACUCAACCUCUCUAGUUGACUUUGAUUUUGACGAAUCUAAGAUUGUUGGAUUACUUGGCACUCGAAUAUGUAUAUGGAGGCGAGAUGGGGCAAGAAGUGUAUUUCCUCCCCGUGAUGGUACCUUUUCCAAGGGUUUAUGCAUGCGGUACUUGGAUCCAGAGGCUGUGGUUGGGUGUGAAGAUGGAACAGCUCGUGUAUUUGAUAUGUACAGUCGGAAAUGCUCUCGGAUACUUAGGAUGCAUUCUGGGCCAGUGACAUGCUUAUGCAUGAGUGACGAUCAACUGAUACUCAGCGGUUCCUCUCUAGGCAGCGUCAGCAUCUCAAGUCUUUCAUCCGAUCAGCAGGUUUCGAAGCUAAGAACAAGAGAUUCCACAGACAUAAGGGCUCUGUGUUUCAACCCAUGCUCUCACCUAGUAUUUGCUGGAUCAACUUCUGGAAAUAUGUCUUGUUGGGACGUUAGGACAAUGAGAAUUUUAUGGGAAAAACGAGCUAGCCCCAACGUCUUAUAUUCCUUGCAACACCUACGAAAUGACUCGUCAACAUUAGUUGUGGGAGGAAUAGACGGCAUACUGCGUGUUCUGAACCAAAACACAGGUGAAAUUGUUUCCAGAAUUGCUUUGGCAGGCAACAUUUCGAGCUCUCGAGACAAGGAUGGAGUCGUUGCAAGAACAAGAGGAGCGCGGCUUGCAGAAGAUGUUCACAUUGACAGCAUUCCUAAAAUCAUUAGACCUCCCAUCUUUUGCUUGGCUGUUGGGAUGAAGAAGGUUGUCACCACACAUAAUACCAAGUUCAUCAGAUUGUGGAAAUUUAGCUAACUUAUAUAUACCACAAUGUAGAGAUAGUUCAAUGUAUUUUUUAGAUAUUCUUUUCACUUUUCAUUGCCUUUCUAUGUUCAUAAACAUUUUUGGAUGACAUAUUUGUGUCCCAAAAUAUAUGUGAUCUACUCAAAAACCCGUACCUUAAUGCUCCAUCAAGAAAGAAAGAAAAGGGGUUCACAAAUAGUGGACUAGAAUGAAAAAUAUGAAUGAACAAAUAGUCCAUAGUUCAAACCCUUAUUUAUUAUUGUUAUUUUGUAUAUAUCUUCCACUUUUGUA